GUUUCAAACGCUAGUUCAUCGGGCACUUCCGCGUAACCAUCUUCAAGUUGGAAAUUUUCUACAACCAUUUUGUAAAACUGUUUUUUUUUUCGAAAUGAUAAUCCCCAAUGGAAUCACAUUUCAAGGCAUUAUUUUUUUAUACAUCAUUUUAAUAUCGAUGGUACAAAUUCACUGUUACAAUCAAUCCAGCAUCGACGACGUCAAAAACCUCAUAUCGAAUGCUAAACACAUCCUCGUUCUGACCGGACCAGCCAUCAUACCAGAGUUGAAAUAUCCCAACUACAGAGACGACAGUUACAUGUGGAGGGACACGAUAUCUUCAGAUUUGGCUACUUCCGAUGCCUUCGAACGUACACCGGACAAAGUAUGGGAAUUCUACAGCUACCUCAGAUCGUUGGCUUUACCAUUUGAACCAAAUCAGGUUCAUCAUACUUUGGCAGCUUUACAACAACGUUUCAGGGAGGAAAGUCGACAGCUAACUGUGGUCACCCAAUGCGAAGACGAUCUGCAUAGACAAGCUGGUAUGCAGAAUGUGAUCGAUUUGAACGGCUGUAUUUUUAGAACGAAAUGUAUACGAUGCGGUGAAAAAGAGUAUAACAGAGAUGAUCCCAUUUGCGAGGCAUUGAAAGGAUACCAGAACGCUGGAUUACCUCACGUCAUAUCUAGAGAAGAUCUGCCACACUGUAAACGACGCGGAUGUCAUUCUUUACUAGGCCCAGAUAUGGUUUGGUAUCAUUCUUCGUUGGAUAAAAUAACUUACAAAAAUCUCGUGCGUGUGGUCAACGAAGCAGACCUGUUUAUAGUAAUUGGGAGCCCAACUGACAGAGGUUAUGCCAGGGCUUAUCAGCCACAAUUCGAAGAUGAAGACAUUCCUUGCAUCGAAUUCAAUCCUGUCGAGUCAGAAAGAUCGUUUACAUACACGUAUAGCUUUAUAGGACCACUGAACGAAACAGUGCCAAAAUUCUUACAGCAUGUUGCGCCAACAACGACCACUCCUAUGGAAAACAUCGACGAUAUGAUUAUCAAUUAUAAAGACGAUAAGGAUGAUUAUAAACACGACGAACCUGACUGGCUCGAUGACAUGGAAACCAACAUUUCGACUGAAUGAUCGCGGAUUACAACCAGUAUCAUGGUUCAAAAAUGGUCAAAACAAGUCAGCGAUUCGAAAUCCAAGUCCAAAGAUAACAUCCCAGCCGUCGAAUCCAAUUCCAAAAUCGCUUUAAUGGUUAUCACAAUACAUAGUAUACUUAUCAUUUUAAUCAAUAAAUACUACGUCUUCA